AUGGACGCGAACAAACUGAUAACUGCUACGGAUAACCAAUAUUCUGGCAGUCUGCUUGAAGCUUUAAAUGACCAGCGUAUGCAGGGACUCUACUGCGAUGUAACAGUCAUUGUUGAAGACCGCAAAUUUAAAGCUCAUAAAAACAUUCUUUCUGCAUGUAGUACUUAUUUCCAUCAGCUCUUCUGUGUUGCUGGGCAAGUUGUGGAACUCAAUUUUGUCAAAGCUAAUGUAUUUGCAGAGAUACUCAACUAUAUAUACAGUGCAAGAGUUGUUCGUGUGAAAGGUGACUUGCUAGAAGAACUAAUAAAAUCUGGCAAGUUAUUGGGCGUGCCUUUUAUAGCAAAUCUUGGUAUCCCACUUUUGCAAGUGAAGAACAUCUCUGGUGGAGUUAAUGAUGGCACUACUGAUCCCGAAUCUAGUGCUGAUGAAAAAGGAAGUGAACCUCUAGCAAAUGUAGCUAGUACGUCUGCAAAGAAAAGUACAGAUAAUGAGAUGCCAGUCAUUAUGGAAGCAUGCACUUCGUCUGUAGAAGACUUAAAGGACAAACUGUUGAAUUCGAAGGAUGUAGAUUCUGAUGAUGAUGUAAUAUUCUGCUCAGAGAUAGUUACAGCCAAGCCACCACCACCUCACAAUAAGGAAUCUUUAGAUUGCCAUCCACUAUCUAAUGAGCAAUCAAUUGAUUCAAAGAAAACUAUAACAUCUAGUGAUGCUCAGUCUGAGAAGCUUUCUGUAACAAGUAAUACAAAUUCAGGUACACCUCCUAUCAAUGCAUCUAGUAGUACUUUGGUUCAUAGUAAACUACCAUUGAGUGCUUUACCUACAAAUGAUGUUUCCCACAAUUCUCCUGGAAUAUCUACAUUCCAGAAGCACAUGCCACCUUAUGUCAGUAUGGAUGGUCCAAAAUUCCUACCAAGUAGUAACAUUUUGCCCAAAACUGAAAUAAUAUUGGAUGAAAGCUGUGUAUCUGGACCGGUUUCUACUGUUAUAGCACAGAAAAAUAUAUCUUAUGAUGGAUCUGGAGUUCAAAAGAAACAGGUUGUGACCUUCAGUCAAGCAUCUUCCUUAAAACCUGGUGAAUUCAAAAUAAAAAUAUCAGAUGUUGCUUCUGGCAUCAAAAAGGAAACACACAGAGAAUCUGAGGUUCUGCAUAGAACGGAUCGUAAAAAAAUAAUAACUUUAGAUAAGGCUUCAGAAAUAGAAGGUCUGUCAACCGGCUGUAAAGUAUAUGCAAAUAUCGGGGAAGACACAUAUGACAUUGUAAUUCCCAUUAAGGAUGAUCCUGAUGAAGGGUUUUCCAAACUUGAUGAAGAUGGUUUCCCAAACCGGAAACGCAUGAAAGUGAAAGAUGAGGAUCACUAUGAACUAAUAGUGGAUGGCAGAGUCUAUUACAUUUGUAUUGUUUGCAAACGAUCCUAUGUGUGUCUAAAAAGCUUACGAAGACACUUCAAUGUUCAUUCCUGGGAAAGAAAAUACCCUUGUCGUUAUUGUGAGCGUGUUUUUCCCCUUGCAGAGUACCGUACAAAGCAUGAGAUAAACCAUACAGGUGAAAGAAGAUACCAGUGCUUGACAUGUGGUAGUACAUUUCUGAACUAUCAUCUUAUGUCCUCACAUAUGAAGUCUGUUCAUAGUUUGGACCCUUCUGGAGAUUCAAAGUUGUAUCGAUUGAAUCCAUGUAAAACAUUACAGAUCAGACAAUGUGGCUUUGUAAGUGAUCCUUCAAUUAGUGCCCCUGUAAGCAGUGAUGGUGGUAUUGUGUAUGACAUUGACCCCGAUCAGGCAGAACCAGCAUCUGCAGAAAACAUCCCAACUGCUGCACCAAAGCCUGUUAACUGGGACAAUAUAUUUCUGCACCAGAAUAAUCAAAGUGUGUCGUCUGGAAGUACAGAAUUUGAGUUUGUAAUACCAGAAUCCUAUUAG